GUUUCUCCUCCCCUUCAUCAAGCUUGAGGUGAUUUCCAACUUCACUUAGAUCUAUCAGAAAUUGAACAUCAUUCCCAAGGAAGUGAGACAUAGUAACAGGAAGCCUCUCCAAAGAAACAGUGAUGUCAUAUCAAACAGGAGCAAUGACUUCCCAGCCUCAAAUGACUGUAACCAGCAACACUGUCUCUCACUGGAGCUCUGAUGUCUGCGACUGUUGUGACGACUGUGGAAUCUGUCUGUGUGGAGCAUUUAUUCCUUGCAUUUUGGGUUGUAAGGUGGCACAGGAUAAUGGUGACAGCUGCUGUUUGCCCUUCCUACCCGGCGCUAUGAUUGCAUUGAGAACCAGCAUCCGUGACAGAUAUCGUAUUAAUGGCUCUGUCUGUGACGACUGGGUGAUUAUGACCUGCUGUCCUUUCUGUGGACUCUGUCAGAUGGCUCGAGAACAGAAGGCAAGAGGCUGAUUUAAAAAGAAAAUGAAGAGCAGAGAAUGGAUGUCUAAUUUAGAUGACUGGG